GACCGGAGGGGAGGCACAUAGACCGGGUAAGCGAGGACACAGAGGGAGACGGCAGGACCACUGGCCUUACUACCCAGCUCCGAUACUCUCAGAGGAGGCCUGAAACUAUUGAUUCCUGAGCAGUGUUGACACGGAAGACCAAACAUAGUCAUGGUGUUCAGAGGCACAAUAACAGAUGCUCCGGACUUUGACGCCAGCGCUGACGCUGAGACCCUUUACAAUGCUAUGAAAGGCAUCGGCAGCGAUAAAGAGGCCAUCUUGGACCUGGUCACCUCUCGGAGCAAUGCACAGAGGCAGGAAGUCAUCGCAGCGUACAAAUGCAGCUUUGGAAAGGACCUAAUUGAGGAUCUGAAAUAUGAGCUCACAGGAAAAUUCGAGCGUCUCAUUGUCAGUCUGAUGAGAACUUCGGCCUACCAUGACGCCAAAGAAAUCCAUGAUGCGAUCAAAGGCGCUGGAACAAAUGAGAGAUGCCUGAUUGAAGUCCUGGCUUCCAGAAACAACGCACAGACAAACGAUAUGGUCGCAGCGUACAAGGAUGCUUACGGCAGCGACAUAGAGGAGGACGUAAUCGCCGACACUUCAGGUCACUUUAAGAAGAUGCUGGUUGUUUUACUCCAGGGGACCAGAGAUGAGUCAGGAGUGGUGGAUGCAGACCUGGUGGAGCAGGACGCACAGGACCUGUAUGCGGCCGGAGAGGAGCAGUGGGGGACCGACGAGGCCAAAUUCAUCAUGAUCCUGGGAAACCGCAGCGUCACCCACCUCCGCAUGGUUUUUGAUGCGUACGAGAAGAUUGCAGAGAUGUCCAUUGAGGACAGCAUUAAGAACGAGCUCUCCGGAGACUUUGAGAGGCUGAUGCUGGCUGUUGUCCAGUGCAUAAGGAGUGUUCCCAUGUUCUUUGCCAGGCGCCUGUACAAGUCAAUGAAGGGUCUCGGCACAGCUGACAACACUCUGAUCCGGAUCAUGAUUUCUCGUUCUGAAAUCGACAUGUUGGACAUUCGGGAGUGCUUCCGUCUCAGAUAUGAGAAGUCACUUUACAACAUGAUAAAGGAUGAUACAUCAGGCGAUUACAAGAGGACUCUGCUUAACCUGUGUGGAGGCGAUGAUGACUUAGCUGGAGAGUUCUUCCCCGAAGCUGCUCAGAUAGCCUACAAGAUGUGGGAAUUAAGUGCCAUGACCAAAGUGCAGCUAAGGCCCACAAUCCGUCCUGCUUCUGACUUUGACCCUGCUGCUGAUGCACAAGCGCUGAGAAAAGCUAUGAAGGGAUUCGGAACAGAUGAAGAUGCAAUCAUUGACAUUGUUGCGCAAAGAAGCAACGCCCAGAGACAAGAGAUCAGACAGGCCUUCAAGUCCCUACUGGGAAGGGAUCUGAUGAAGGACCUGAAGUCUGAACUGUCAAAGAACUUGGAGAGGCUGAUCAUCGGGCUCAUGCUGACCCCCGCUGAGUUUGACGCCAAAAUGAUGAGAAAGGCAAUGGAGGGAGCCGGGACGGACGAGCACGCUCUGAUCGAGAUCCUGGUUACCAGGAGCAACGAGGAAAUUCAAGCCAUGAAUGCUGCCUAUCAGGACGCCUAUAAGAAGUCUCUGGAGGAAGCCGUUCAGUCAGACACAUCAGGCCACUUCUGUCGCAUCCUUGUCUCUCUCGUGCAGGGUGCGAGAGAGGAGGGUCCUGCAGACGUGGAAAGAGCUGAUGCAGACGCUCAGGAACUUGCCGAUGCGUGCAAUGCAGAUUCUGACGACAUGGAGAUGAAGUUCAUGAGCAUUCUGUGCACAAGGAGCUUCCCCCAUCUCAGAAGAGUAUUCCAGGAGUUUGUCAGAUGCAGCAACAAGGACAUCGAACAGAUUAUCAAGAAGGAAAUGUCUGGAGAUGUGAAAAACGCCUUUUAUGCGAUAGUUCGCAGUGUGAAGAACCAGCCCUCUUAUUUUGCAGACCGUUUGUACAAAGCCAUGAAGGGUCUUGGUACAGACGACAGAGCGUUGAUCCGAAUCAUGGUGUCCCGCAGUGAAGUUGACCUUUUCAACAUUCGUAAAGAGUUCAAGGAGACGCAUGACGAUUCCCUUCAUGAAUUCAUCCAGGUAGAAACUAUGAUCGGCGAUACCUCGGGAGACUACCGUAAAACCCUGCUGAUUCUCUGCGGAGGGGAGGAUUAAACCUGUUACGUCCCUGCAGAUUUCUUCGCAGUCUCCAGUGACCACAAGUUCAAAGAGUGAAAGUGGUGGUGGUGGUGAAUGUCUGUAUCUGUUGUCAGUGUUCCCAACUGAUGCCACUCCUCAGCCAAACCAAGUGACCUAUGACCUCUCAGCCUUGCAAGCCAGUUUUCUGCUCUCAUGUCUAAUCUUCCUGUGUGGCAGGAUGGUAUGUUUCUUUUUUUUACAGUGUUACAUGUAAUAAGAAGAUGUUCAUGUUAGUGUAGAAAGGGGCUUCACGUGUACAGCGUAUCUGAAUCUAGUAGUGCCUUCAGACUGUAGGCCGUCCGGUGAGUACUGUGAUUUUUAGGUGUCACAUAUACCUGAAUAAAAUAAGCUCAAUCAAA